CUUGUACAGCAGAUGGGACAAAAUUACCUCCUGUGAUUAUUUUUAAACUUGUAAAUGUUUUACGCAAGAAGUUUCCUGAUGAUGUAAUUAUUCGUGCUAAUAAGAAAGGUUGGAUGAAUGAAAAAGAGAUGAUUUUGUGA